UAUGAUCCAUGUGGCCUUUAUAGGCUGGACAGACGUUCAUCUACUCUCCUGAUCCACACACAGCCUGCAGUCAUGGAGAAGCAAAUAGAGGAGCUGAAACAGCAGCUAGAAAAGCAGUGUGUGAUCAACCAGGAGCUACAGAGGCAAAACAAAGACCUGGAAAAACGACUGCAGGAAAAAGAAAAACUUUUGCAAGAGCUGCACAGUCAAUAUCAUGAUCUGGACUUUCACUCUCACAGUGAUAAUGAAAUUGAAGCAGAGGUCAGGAAGAGCCGUGCGGCCGUCAUUGCCACUGAACCAAUCCCCGAGACCCUGGAGAUUAAACGUAUGAGGGUCAAGAAAACAGCUAGCGAGACGAAUCUGAUCGUCAAAUCCAUCCAGAAGAAUGACUUCCUGAGCCGCCUGGACGAAGAGCAGACAGCCAUGAUGGUGGAUCUCUUGGCGGUGUCUAACUUCAAACCGGGGGAAGACGUCAUUCAAGAGGGCUCUGAAGGAGACAGCAUGUACAUAGUAGCAGCUGGUGAGCUCGUCGUCACCCAGGCAGGCAGGAGCCUCCGCAGCCUCACCACUGGAGAUGUGUUUGGGGAGCUGGCCAUCUUGUACAACUGCAAACGGACAGCAACAGUCAAAGCAAAGACAGCAGUGCGUGUUUGGUGCAUGGAGCGACAGACCUACAGGACGAUCAUAGCCAAUAAGUCCAAGAAGAAACGGGAGCAGCUCAUGGGCUUCCUGAAGACGUCUCGGACUCUGAAGGACCUGAAUGAUGUCCAGUUGUCCAAAAUCAUUGACUCAAUGGAGGAGGUGAAGUACCAGGACAAAGAUGUUAUAGUUCGAGAAGGAACAGAAGGAAACACAUUCUACAUCAUCCUCAAAGGAGAGGUCCUGGUGACUAAGAGCGUGAAUGGGCAUCAGAAGCAGAUUCGUAGGAUGGGAAAAGGGGAGCAUUUCGGGGAACAGGCCCUCAUUCGGGAAAUCUUGAGAACUGCCACCUGCAGUGCUGACGGCCCUGUUACCUGCUUCUCCAUUGACAAGGAGGUAUUUGAAGAGACAAUACCCAUAGAACACCUGGAGCUGUUUGACGACUCCAAAGUGAUGCAGGAAGCACAAGCUCCACCAGAAAAAUCCAGUCCCAGCUCCACUCUGAGGUUUAAGGACCUGGUUCCUGUGCUGUACCAGGAGGGCCGCUUUCAAGGGGAUCCUGUCACACUUGGAGUUGGAGGGUUUGGCCGUGUUGAGCUGAUGACCACAGUGAAUCAUGGGAAAUACUACGCCAUGAAGCGAGUCAGCAAGAAGCACAUUGUUGCCAAGAGACAGGAGGAGCACAUGCUGUUUGAGAAGAAGAUCCUUAAAGCUAUCCAGUGUGACUUCAUUGUCAGACUUCACGCUGCCUUCAAAGACACACGAUAUAUCUAUAUGAUCAUGGAGUUCUGUGGUGGAGGAGAGAUCUGGACCAAACUCAAAGAAGUAGGACGUUUUGAUGAGUCCAUCGCUGUGUUCUGCACUGCCUGUGUGGUCGAGGCCUACGUCUACCUCCAUAAGAAGAACAUCAUGUACAGAGACCUGAAACCUGAGAACCUGAUGUUGGACGUAAAGGGUUACGUCAAACUGGUGGACUUUGGUUUUGCCAAGGAGUUGGUGCGUGGAGAGAAAACCUACUCAUUCGUGGGUACUCCUGAGUACAUGGCCCCAGAGAUCAUCAAGAACCAGGGUCACGACUUUGCAGUUGACUUCUGGUCCCUGGGCAUCCUGAUCUAUGAGCUGUUGGUGGGAAGCCCUCCCUUUUCAAGUUCAGAGCCUCAGAAGAUUUACGCCAAGAUUUUGGACGGGGUGCUCAAGUACCCACCUUACCUAACUGAGGCAGCCAAGUCCAUUAUCAGCAAACUGUGCAGACCUCGGCCGGGUCAGAGGUUAGGAAACACCAAGAAUGGAAUCAAAGAUGUGCGGCACCAUAGGUGGUUCAGCAGUAUGAACUGGCACAAGCUGCGCGUGGGUCAGCUCGACGCCCCCACAGUCCGGCUCAUACGCAAGGGUCCCUGCUACAUCAACUUCGAUCGUUUCCCUCUCGAUCAGACCAAAGCAGACGAGGAGUUCUCUGGAUGGGACCGUGACUUCUGAAAUUAGACUCCUGAUGUUAAAAAGGAUCAAACGCCUCAAGAGUUGCCUUCAACACCUAAAUAUGGAGCCAAAUAAGAAUAACGUCAGUGUCAGACAACACAUGAUGGCAGUCGGAGCUUCAUAUUGAAAAAGCACAACCAAUUUCAAACUAAUUUAAUUAUUAACUUAGAGUGAAACUGCAGGAAACCACCUCUCCCGGAAACUUCUGUUGCCAUAGAGAGACGACCAUUUAGGUGGCAAAGGGCCAAAAUAUGAGGAGGUGUUGAGAGAAGAUGUUAGGACAUUCUGUCUGAUUCAGUGCCUGAUGAAAAGUGUUAACAUCAUCUAUAUAACACUCACUGAUUAGAAUAAAAACACCCAUCCAUGUGCUUGUUAGCUGAGAAAAAAAAAGGCUUGAGUCAUGUUGUACAAUCUGUACAAAAGGCCAGCUCAACCGAGCCUGACAGUAAAAUCCAUACUGAUGUCAUAUCUGGAUUUUACCCCAAAUGUUUAUUGUCCUCUUGGAUCUAUGUUAGAUUUAGAGAUGAAACAUUCCUAACUGCUGAUAGCAAAGAUGGUAAAUGCUCUAAUAUUGUUCCACAUGUUGCGUUUUUUAUUGUAAACUGACAUUUUAUUGUAGUUUUUCCUUCAGUUUUGGAUAAUCUGCCCUCUUUUUCUGUGCAGAUUAUUUCCAGGCACCUUGAUUGCACCUUCAAAAGAUCAAAGAACAUCCUGAUAAAAAGAUUUCCACAAGACUUCAGUUAAUAAAAGUGAUCUAAUAUGCUUCACUUAGCUGUGUCUGU